CUUGAAUCGUUUCGGGCAUAGGAAAUGUUCUCCCUAAGGUUUCUUCCCUAAUGUUUCCUAAUGUUUUAUUGCACUGUGGAUUUAAAGCAUGAGCAGAUAGUAAUAUGUAUUAUUAAUGAAGAGCGCAAGGACUUAUUAACCCUACAUGUAGCUGUGAACUGUAACCCCUGAUCAUAACGAUGACCCUUUUCUUUGAAAGCUUCUAGAAUUGUCGGACGUUUUCAGUAAUAUCCAAUGCAAGCCACGCACAUGCACUCACGUGUGUCCUUUUACAAUUAAAAUUAGAAUGAUCGAGGGAGUAAAAAGUUGAUUUCACCCAGCAGUGUCACUUGGCUCACUCAAACGUAAUUAUUAAUUAAUUAAAGAUGUUAAUUUCAUCCAUAACCACAUGCUUAUAAGAGCAAUCAAUUUCCUGGUUAAGACUGCAAUCAAAAUGCUAAUUACAAUCCUGAACAGUGUGGGAUUCAUUUCGCUCCUUCAGCUCCACUUUUCUGUCUUCAUUCCUGUUGCUCGUUGCUUAAAAAAGGUUUUGCCGUGGUAAACAUAUGUGUGAUUAUUGUCACUGUUGAAUAGUUUUUAGAGAGACAGGUGAAAGCAAUUGAGAGACCUCAAGGACACCUCUUGGAUGGAAAAAAACUUUUGGUUAAUUCUGCCAUUUUUCAUACCAUCUGCGUUAAAAAAAAGAAGACAAAAUGACAUCUCUCUAUUACAAACGCUUUCCUUGAUUUACUCACGGUGGAUUCAAAGCACCAGUAGGAGAGCAGGUACAGAUCCCUCAACGACUUGUCCCAGCGAUCCCCAAGACCAAACACUCCCGAGGAAAUAAAGCUUCCAUCCAAGAGUUAACGCUUUCUGCUAAUAACCAAAAGGACCCAGAGGAUGCAGCUUUUGGAUUAGACAUAUGUUGUAGGGGCGAGUGGGAUCAUCUCCUGCCAAAUUAAUUCACCCCAGAGUGGUUACUGGUGGAAGUAAAAUACAUCAUGUUACUGAAUAAUUAUGGCUUUGGAGAGUUUGUACAUUGAAACGGCCGUUGUAACAUGUGAUACUUCUGCCCAGACCCUUUCCUGUCUUCCUACAAAGUGAUGGAUGGAAGUGGGAGAGUGAAAGGCAUUUGUCAAAAGGAGGAAUGUUCAGCUGCAGAGGGCAUCCUUUACGUUGUCCUUGUCCGUGAGCAAAGUAGCUCAUUCAAGCAGUUGCAAUCAGUAACAAUGGCAUAAAUCUGGCAGUGGACCUGCAUGGUGACAGGUUCUGUCGUUAAAGGGGAACAAAUCUCCAUCCCUCCACUUCUUGGCUUCCGUCUCCAUCAGUCUGCAGCUCGAGCCAGCUUUCUUAGGCUCUCGGCACAGUGUCCUUCAAGAGAAACAGGGAACGUGCCCCGAUGUCUGCUCUUCAAAGAAGUGACUUAUUUAUUUAUAGUGCGUGUUUUGGAAAAGGUGCCCCUUGUGUGCGCGUCUGGCCACUUGCCCAUAUCAGCUAAUCAUUUGUUUUAAAUAUGGAAAUUCCUGAUGCAAUUCAUUACCAUGCCAAACAGGCUACGAGGGGAUAAUCAUAUAACCUAUUACUCAUAUACGAUGAUGCACAUGCGCAAUCAGCUCUUCCCCCUUCUCGCGCCAACCAAGCCCGAUCUUAAAACCGCGAGCAGCCUCAGACAGAUCAUCCGUGUAUUUGAGAGGACAACUGUCAGGCAGAUGGACUUGAGCUCCGCAGGAAACGCAGGAAAUUGACCUCAUCUGACUUAUCUUAUUCCACAAGGGAAUACUGAUGCUGAGUCAGAAGUUGAUUUUCUGCUCCAGAAGCUUCUUUCAUCUCGACCAAUGGGAUUAGGAUGAAAAGGUGAAAGUUGACUUCUGUGAAUCGGCAAAUCCAACAUGCUCUAAUGUGUCACAUUGACGUAGGGAUGUGAGGGAUAAACAGUCGGCCAAGUUGGAAAUCAAAUCCCAGAAAACGGACUCCGGCUGAGAGGAUGCUUGUAGUGUUGCUGUCUCUCCUGUUCCUUGAAGAAGGAUUCGCUUUGGCACAAAAGACUAAAGAUGGAGGUCCAGACUCAAAGGGGGUUAGAUCUUCCCAACGGCCGAAGCAACCUCAUCACUGUGGAAACUGGCAACGAAACACAGAAGGGGGCUCCUUUAGCUCCCCAAACUACCCCAAAACAUACCCUCCCAACAAGGAGUGCCUCUACGUACUGGAAGCUCUUCCCCGCCAGAGGAUAGAGCUGCUGUUUGAUCAGACCUUCUACAUCGAAGCCUCGUUUGAAUGUCGCUUCGACCACAUUGAGGUGCGGGACGGCCCCUUCAGCUUCUCGCCACUCAUCAACCGCUUCUGUGGCUCGGCCACUCCUGGACUGGUUCUCUCCAGCGGACGCUUCAUGUGGAUCCGCUUCUUCAGCGACGACGAGCUGGAGGGGAUCGGCUUUCAAGUCCAGUACAGCUUCACAGCAGAUCCUGAGUUUCAUCUGCACGUGGGAGGACUCUUAAACCCCAUCCCAGAUUGUCAGUUUGAGCUGAGUGGAGCUGACGGGUUGAUCCGUUCCAGUCAGGUGGAGGAGGAAUAUAAAGUGAAGCAAGACCAGGCAGUGGACUGCAUCUGGACUAUACGAGCCCCUGCGAAUAACAGGAUUUACCUGCGUUUCUUGGAAUACCAAAUGGAAAACUCAAAUGAAUGUAAGAAGAACUUUGUAGCGGUUUAUGAUGGCAGUAAUGCCAUCGAGGACCUGAAGGUAAUACAUACUGUAAAAAAAAAUCCUGUAAAUCCUGUAAAAAAGUACCUCAAUAUGUAUUUUGUUGCACAUUUUAUUGCAUUUUACAUUGUACUUGUAUCUUUUUUGCCUUGUUAUACAAUUUGCAACUGUUCUACAGACCUUGACCUCAAUGAGACCGCACAUCCAAAACAUUACAAGAAAAUAGUGUGUGGUUUCUUGCAGGCCAAGUUUUGUAGUACAGUAGCUAAUGACAUCAUGCUGGACACCGGUGUCGGAGUAGUAAGGAUGUGGGCUGAUGAAACAAGCCGUCUCAGCCGCUUCAAGAUGCUGUUCACUUCUUUUGAGGACCCACCCUGUUUGGGAAGUGCAUUCUUUUGCCACACUAACAUGUGCAUCAACACUUCUCUGGUGUGCAACGGCAUACAAAACUGUGUCUUUCCCUGGGAUGAAAGCAACUGCAAAGAGAAAAAGAACAAAGGGGUUUUUCACCAGAUCACAAAGACUCAUGGGACAGUAAUCUGUGUGUCUACGGGAGUUGUGUUACUGCUCCUCAUCGUCUCCAUCCUGGUGCAAGUAAAACAGCCACGAAAAAAGGUGUUGGUACGUACGAAUAAUCUGUUCCAUCGAGGGGACUCCCAGGAGGUCUUUGACCCCCCGCGUUAUGAACUCUUUACUCUCAGAGACAAGGACAUGUCUGGGGACCUUGGGGAGUUAUCAGAGAAGCUCCAGUCCCUGCAGGCACUCAGGAGAUCCUCAUCCGGCUCACGCUGUGUUCACGAACACCACUGCGGCUCUCAGGCUUCUCUUAACUCCGUCAAAGCCAUCCACGGUGCAUGUGAAAUGGGCAGAGGGUCCCUGGAGCUUCUCCCUUUCAGGGGGGACCUGCAAAGGGCAUUACCUACCUUCAGGGACUUGAACAGCAGUAUGCGGAAAAAGAGCUGGCCCAGUAUGAAACCGGGACGAACGCAAGGACGUCAGGGUACGGCGAACAGAACGAUGGGCCGUCAAGAUAGAGUAAUGGAAGAGGACGAAGAGGUUGAGGAAGAUGGAAGGUGUGAUGUGUACGUGCGCAGAGCAGGAAGCCGAAGAGGUAACUACGAAAUGGCCCAGCAAAGGUCCUUGUCCAUGGACUUCUGAAAAGAAAAGACAAGGAGGGAAAGUACUGAGGUGACAACUUUAUGAAACAGAGCCACAUUUUGAGGGGAUUCCUUGACCUUUCUUUUUUCACUUGCCUCCUUCCCACUGAGAGGAACCGUUCUUCAGGAUUUAUAAACUAAAUUCAAGAUACUUGAGCACCGCCGACUCUAUUUGAACACUAAAACCGCCGAUAGUGAGCUGCUUUUGUAUUUGGGAUCCGUGUGAAAGGGAAGAUGAUGAUUCUUAUUUCCAAUGUAUUUUGUUUGAAAAACAAUUUACUGUAAAGAAAUUUGAUUUUGUUGAAAAACGUUUUCAAUCAAUGUUCAAACUCUGAGUAAAUGUUACAUUUUAAGGAAAUAAUGGAUGAAUGACCUGUUGUUUCUGUUGAUCUCUUAUCACCUGCAUUAAAAAAUAUAUAUGUACACUCCA